AUGCAAUUCAAGAACAUCGUCGCCGCUUUCGCCUCUGUCGCCGCCGUCCAGGCCGCUAACGGAACCAACGGUUCCAACCACACCAACGGUUCCAACGGUACCACCACCAAGAUCUCCACCGGUGCUGCUGCCACCAACGCCAUGGGCGCUGGUGUCUUCGGUGCUGCUGUCGCUGCCGGUGUCGCUUUGUUGUUCUAA